AUGCAAAUUGCAGCAAUUGCUUUAUCAAACAAUGUGUCAUAUUUUCAACAUUUAACCAAAAUCUUACAUUGGUUGAUCUUUAUAGAAAAGAAAAUUUAUGAAUGUAAAAGUCAAAUGAGAUUAGAUUUAGUAAAUCACUAUUUUAAAAUUUUAGAAAAUAAAAUUACAAUUUGGAAUCUAAAUGAUUCGAUUGAAGAAAUCUUACCAUUAGAAUUAGAGAGAAUCAAAGCUGAAAGUUUAGCUUGGUUAGGAUACCCAAAAGAAGCUGAAUGGGUUGCAACUGGUACAAAGAAUCGAGUGAAAUACUUGUUAUCUCAACAGGAUGAAGUUAAAAAGCUUUCAAUAGAUCAAAAUGUUGAAAGUCUUCCUAAGAUGACGCCAUUGAUACGAUAUCUUUUACUUCGUUUGGGUCAACACCCUUUUGAACAAACGUUUGAGGAUCACAUCAGAGUGAUCUAUAUUGAAACUUGUUUCAAAAAACUUUAUAAGAUGACCAACGUUCCAGAACUUGAAAGUUAUAUUCACGAAGUGGUCAAAUAUACCACCAAGAUCUUAAGUUCAAAAGCAUUAACACUUAUUCACGUUUGA